CGCUCGCGGCCGGGUGGUGUGGCGCUAUCCUGACUCACCGCUGUUCCUUGGGCCUCGCUCGCUCCGGCCUGGAAUAAGUCGGUCAGGAAGGGUCCCUACCAGCCAUGGCAUUUAAAGAUAGUGGCAAGGCACCUGUUGAACAGGAAGUAGCAAUUCACCGAAUCAGAAUUACCUUGACAAGUCGUAAUGUGAAAUCUCUUGAGAAAGUCUGUGCAGAUCUGAUCAGAGGUGCGAAAGAAAAAAACCUAAAAGUGAAAGGACCUGUUCGCAUGCCUACCAAGACUCUGCGAAUCACUACACGGAAAACCCCUUGUGGUGAAGGUUCCAAGACUUGGGAUCGUUUCCAGAUGCGUAUUCAUAAGCGUCUCAUUGAUUUGCACAGUCCGUCAGAGAUUGUCAAGCAGAUUACUUCCAUCAGUAUUGAGCCUGGUGUAGAAGUUGAAGUUACUAUUGCUGAUGCCUAA